AUAAAUGAUCUAUAUAUUUUAUUUACAGAACAAUGAAUAUUUUACCAAAAAAGAAAUGGCAUGUCCGUACAAAAGAUAAUAUAGAACGAGUGAGAAGAGAUGAGGCUAAGGCAGCCGAAGAAGAAAGGGAAAGGGAAAGGAGGCAAAGAUUGGCGGAACAGGAAGCUAGGACAAGUCUUCUAAGAAACAAAGCCCGCGGAAGGUUGGGAUUGGAUCCUGCAGAAUUAGAGGAUAAGUCUAGACCAGAACCUGGAGAAGGACGGAUAGAAAGUCAAGGAGACAAACAGGAACCUGUAAAACAAGUUGGUUUUGAAGGAGGUGGAGCUAUUGAGAGUUUAACUGGAGUUGGAGGACAUGUAAACUUUUUCCUAAACCUAGAGGAGGGAGAGAAACUAGCAAAGGGGAACGAAGAGCACGAGUCUGAGAAGAAGAAGGAACAAGAAGAAUACGAGAAGAAGAUUGGUUAUCUUACUUAUCUAGGACAGGAUACAGAGGAGUUAACAGGAGAAAAGGUUUGGUGGAGAAAACUGCCUGUAAGAGAAGAGACUGAGGACCCAGCUCCUAAAUCUGACAUUGGAAUCAAACAGAAGAACUUUCUCGAUCCCUUGAAGGACGUGAAAAAGUACCUUGGCUGUGAACACGAGAGUUUAUCAUUAAAAAAACAUGUGGUUGAGGAGAAAAAAUCGUUAAAACGAAAACGAAGCAGCUCGCCAGAAGCUAAAAAAAAGAAAAAGAAAGAAAAGAAGAGUAAAAGUAAAAGUAAAAGUAAAAAACAUAAGAACUCCGAUAGUGAUAAGGAAAGAGGUCGACGAAAAAAGAAGAAAAGAAAAUAUUCAACUUCUUCUGAAUCAGAAGAAGAAGAUAGAAAGAAGAAGAAACUAAAUCUGGAAAGGUUAAGAAAAGAAAGAUUAGAAAGAGAAAGAAAGGAACGUGAGAAAGCAAAUAGAUUAUUACAUGGAGAACCUAAAGAAGAAAAACCUUCAGCUGAUAACCCCCCAACCUUGAAACAAUCCUACAACUCACAAUUUAACCCAGCCAUUGCUCGACAAAAUAAACUUGAUCCUAAGCAGAAAUAUUGGCUUCAAUAAAUUUGUAACAUAAUUUGAAUCUUUUAAAAAUUUCAGAA